AUGCUCCUCGGUGGAGAUUUCAGACAGAUAUUACCUGUAAUUCCUAAGGGAACUCGACAAGACACCGUCAAUGCUUCGAUAAGCAAGUCCUACUUGUGGCACUCAGCACAAGUACACACCUUGAGCAUCAACAUGACACUGAGACAAGCUGACAAGAAAUUUGCGGAAUGGAUCUUGAGUGUUGGGAAUGGAACGACGGCCACUGUGGAAACAUAUGCAGGGAGUCAUGAGGAUGGAGAAAAGAUUGUAAUAGCAGAUGAGUUUAUGCUUCUAAAGAGUGAUAACCCGUAUCAGUUAAUAUCAGAUGCUGCAUAUCCAAACUUCGUCGAAAACUACUUAAACCGGUCCUACUUGACCGAUAGAGCUAUUUUAGCACCAACUAAUGCAAGUGCACAAGAGAUGAACUCUUACCUACUGUCUAAGGUUCCAUCUGCAGAAAAGGAAUAUCUAAGUUCUGAUACAAUUUCCUUCGAAUCAACCCCUACAGACGAUUGGACAAAGAACUACACGCAAGAGUACUUAAACUCUUUAGAGUACUCAGGUUUGCUGACCCAUAAACUUUGCCUCAAGGUUGGAGCUCCUGUCAUGAUGUUAUGCAAUCUCAACCAGCGGAAUGGACUGUGUAAUGGAACCAGAAUGGUGGUCUCGCGUCUUGGUCACAGAGUACUUGAGGCACAGAUUAUGACAGGCACUCAUGUAGGAGAAGGAGUCUUGAUACCACGGAUUCAGUUAUCUCCAAACGACAGUCUCCAUCCAUUCAAUUUCCGAAGAAGGCAGUUCCCUAUAAGAUUAUGUUAUGACUAUUAA